UGAAAUGCAUUCAACUGAGCAACAGCGCGCACACGAGUUCAGUCGGGGAAGAAUUUAGAGGUAGGUUUUUACCUACUUUCCUUGUCAAUGUACAAAGUUGUAUGUACAUUGUUUAAAACCCAAUUAUUGGUGUCAACUUCAGCUAGCUAACAAGUUCACCAAUGUUCCCUGCAAUAAGAUAAUAUUAACUCGCAUGAUGGAGCUAACAUUAGCUAGAUAGUGUCAGCUACUGUAGACAGUUAGCUAAAUUGUAUAGGCUAUUUGAUUUUAGCUGUAGCUAGCUCUCUGACAUUGUUCACUAGCAAGGGGUUUAUUAAAAUAAGCUCCUACCUCUUCCAGACAAGCUUAGCUACCUUUAGCUAACUUACGUUAGCUAACCAGAUUCCAGUCUGGAAUACCUAACGUAACUAGUUAGCUAACAUUGAAUAUGGCUCGUGCCAGCCAUGCGUGCAGAAGUUGCACCCCUGUUUUAGCGAAUACUUUUUAAAGUAACUAUGUCUGGUCUCACGCAUGCAGCAUUGCAAUUACAAAUCUUUCUAACCAUGGUCGUUCGUUGUGAAUCCAUUAUUUCAGAGUGUGUCAACCCCAAGUUAAUAAAUCAGUCCAACAGAGAACAACAAAGUUAUCAUACACUGACUGCACCCAAAUAAUACUCGUUUACCUGACAGCUCAGAUCUGUUAGGGUCUUUGUUUACCAUGGUUGUUACUAUAAUACGUGUGAUUUGAUGUCACUGCCCGGGAAAGGACCGCUUUGGACAUAGGGAGUUUGGUUGAGCACCAUCCCACAAAAUAAUGAAGAAUAAAGCACUCUGUCAGAAAACAAACUUUGAGUGAUUAUUUGCAAACAUUAUUGUAUUUUACAGGUUCAAACAGACCAGAGGUCCAGCUGUAAACUAGCUUGCUUUCAAUCAUUGUUAAUCCAUGGAAUGGAGCAAAGGUUGACCUUCUCUCAUACAUACAGUAUGAAAAUAGCUGCAGGUAGCACUUUAACUCCAUGUUUGUCAUUGUGAAAGGUUUCCCUCUCACCCCCUCUAAUGUUUAACACUGGAUCCUUUGUGGAACUUGUAAGGGAAGAGUGCUAACAGGAAUCUCUACUCAUUGUCUUCUUAGAACAUCUGAAUUGGUGGUUUAGGCCCUACUCUCUGGUUUCUAUGAAAAUUCCUAUACCAAGCCUCACUAUAGCAAUACCACUUAGUCAUUUGAUACAGUCAGAGGUAGACUUGGGACCCCAGUGUCCAUUGUCAGGCCACUACCAUGGUGGGCAAAGACGCUAUGGUGAGUGGGGACAGGGCUGUGGAGGAAGAGGUUGAACUGGACCUGAAGGAGACCUCCCCUGGAGAGCCUGACCCCGAGAUGGCUCUUCCCCCACCUGAGGACCCCUCAGACAGCCAGACCAAGACCGCCCGUACCUGGGAGUUGUCGGUGGUGUUCCUGUGUUUCUAUGGGUUUAUGGUGCAGCUGAAGCCUGGGGAGCCCUUUAUAACACCAAACCUGCUCAGCAUGGAGAAGAACUUCACCAGGGAACAGGUGACCAAUGAGAUCAACCCGAUCCUGUCCUACUCCUACAUGGCGGUGCUGGUGCCAGUCUUCCUCCUGACAGACGUCUUGCGUUACAAGCCCGUCCUGGUCCUCUCCAGCCUCAGCCACGUGGCCAUCUGGCUCCUCCUCCUCCUGGGUUCCUCCCUCUUAGAGAUGCAGUUCAUGGAGUUCUUCUACGGCAUCACCAUGGCAGCACGCGUGGCUUACUCCUCCUAUAUCUUCUCCCUGGUCACCCCAGAGCUCUACCAACGUGUGGCCAGCUACUCGCGCUCUUGCGUCCUCAUGGGGGUGUUUGCCAGCUCGGUGCUGGGCCAGGUGCUGAUAUCCGUGGGCAGGCUCUCCUUCGCCGUGCUCAGUGCUGUCUCCUUGGCCUUGGUGUCCUUCGGCCUGGUGCUCUCCUGCUGCCUGCCCUGGCCCAAGAGGUCCCUGUUCUUCAACAGGGCCCACCAUGCUGCCCAGAGGAACCUCCAGGAGCAGGCCAGGAUGAAGCAGGGCGAAGCGGGCUUGGGUUCAGGUGACACACCCUCCCUGGCCCCUCUCAGCUCUGGUUCCUCCUGGAGGGACUCUGUGUUUAUUCAGAUGCUGAAGGAGCUGAGGAACGUGCCGCGGAGGCCCAGCCUGAGACUGUGGAGCCUGUGGUGGGUGUUCAACUCCGCUGGCUACUACCUGGUGCUGUUGUACGUCCAUGUCCUGUGGAACAAGGUGUACCCCGCCACGGAGAACAAACACGUCUACAACGGAGGGGUGGAGGCUGUCUCCACACUACUGGGUGCGAUCACGUCGUUUGCAGCGGGCUUCGUGAAGAUCCGCUGGAACGUGUGGUCUGAGCUGGUGAUCGGCGUCAUCACGGCUCUACAGGCUGGCCUGCUGCUCCUCAUGGGGACCACCAGCAACAUCUGGGUCUGCUAUGUGGCCUACUCCCUCUUCAAGGGUUUCUACCAGUUCCUCGUGCCCAUCGCCAUUUUCCAGAUCGCCUCCUCGCUCACCAAGGAGCUGUGUGCCCUGGUGUUUGGGGUCAACACUUUCCUGGCGACCGUUCUGAAGUCCAUCAUCACCCUCAUCGUCUCUGACAAGAAGGGUCUGGGACUAGACGUGCACUCCCAGUUCCUGGUCUACUUCUUCUACUUUGCCUUGCUGACAGUUAUCUACCUGGGCUGUGCUGCCUGGGUCAUCAUUCGCCACUACAGGAACCAAUCGGCAGGAGGUGGAGGGGACACCGACCAGGCAACGCCCACUGAGCUAUGUCCCGUACCAUCAAACCCCUCGGAGACGGAACCUCUGUCCAAUGGGAACAACGUGAAGGGCUGAAAGGGAUAUUCCGGAAUGUUGGCAGUGAAGCCCUUUAUCUACUUCCCCAGAGUCAGAUUAACUCGUGGAGACCAUUUUUAUGUAUCUGCAUGCCAAAUUGCUAACUACCGUUAGCGUAAUGACUGGAAGUCUAUCAGAACAGCUAGCAUGCAAGGUGUCCCUGUAGACUUCCUGUCAUUGCGCUAGCUAACGCUAGUUGGCAUUGGAUCGCGAAACUACCUCUAACUUCCUUCAUACUGGAUGCAGAGACAUACAAAUGGCAUCCAUGAGUUCAUCUGACUGUGUGGAAGUUGAUAAAGGGUCUCCUUGCCAAAAUCCUCAACUGUCCCUUGAACAUUGUGUCAUCUUUACAUCAACACCUAAACCCCCUACACUGACUUUGAGUGGUCUAAACGGUCUGGGAAUCUCUCGCUACGGUUUCCACACGACUGCACAAGGACAGAUGAGACUUAGAGGUGAGUCGAGACCUCAUGCACUUCGUUGGAUGUGUUGGGGGAGCGUAGUUUACCAGUAUUAGUGAACAGUCACUGUUCUCAGCCCUUAGUGCCUUAUCCGUUAUAUCCAACGUGUAUUCAUUUCACCAAAAGGAUGUUAUUAUGGAAUACAUUUUUUUUAUUUUUUAUAAUUACAGGCAGGGCCCACCUACAUUACUACAAGAUAAUAAAAGCUCACUCGAUCGAGCCUAAUGGUCUUGUAAGCAGCGGUGGAAAAAGUACCAACUUGUCAUACUUGAUUAAAAGUAAAGAUACCUUCAUAGAAAUGACUUAAGUAAAAGUCUAAAAGUAUUUGGUUUUAAAUAAACUUAAGUAUAAAAAAGUAAGAGUAUAAAUGCUUUCAAAUGACUUAUUAAGCAAACCAGAUGGCACAAUUGCAUUUUUUCUUCAUCAGUAGCCAGGGGGACACUCCAACACUGAGACAUCAUUUGUGUUUAGUGAGUCCGCCAGAUCAGAGGCAGUAGGGAUGACCAGGGUUGUUUUCUUGAUAAGUGUGUGAAUUUGACCGUUUUUCUGUCCUGCUAAGCAUU